AGGGCUUAACAUAACGUAUAUAACCCUGGAAGAAGUGGCCCAAUAUUAUUGCCCUCUUAGUUUUGUUCGGAGUCGGCGUUCUCUCUCAUCCAUAACCUCAAUCAAACGAGAUAGCGAAGGCUAUACUAAGGUUAAAUAGGUAAGAUUUUUUAAUCAUGCAAAGCCUUGGUGGAAAGAGGAAGACAGUUUGGGAACGUGAGCCUGCAUUAAACGAUAUAAGUCCACGUGAUAUGGAAUAUUUCCAUAAGUUAGGUAGCAAGCGACCAAAAUACAAGGAAAAAGAUUGUAAUUUGCAUCUGGAUGUUUAUACCAAGAUAGCUUUGUUAAAGGCUUCUCCUUCGGUUGUUGGCCUUGUAUCUUAUUCUGGUGAUGAGGAGAUCAUUCAGGGUUCAGGGACCAUCAUUGAGAGUAAUGAUAGUUGGACCAUUAUUCUGACUUCUGCAAAUUUACUUAGACGCCCCUCACGUGGAGAGUUUGUAGAAAACAGUUUGGUUGAUAAUCUCAAGAUCACUGUGCACACAUGUCAUGGUAAUUCCUACCAUGGAGAAGUUGUUGCUCAUGAUUUUCACUACAACCUAGCUGCCAUAAGAUUCAAGUCGGAGAUGCCACUUGCAGCUGCAAUAUUGGCACAUGUGGAUGACUCCAUUAGUCUUGCUUCUGUUCCAUCUUCAUUUCAGCUACGUGCACAUUCGAAGUCAUCAAAUCUUGUCCCUGGUGAUAAAGUGAUUGCUCUAGGGCGUUACUUUGCCGGUGACUAUGACAUAAUGGCUGCUUAUGGAGAAUUUUGCCUUGAACGUCCGGAGCCCGAAUAUGACUGUAGAGAGCUUUUCAUGGCCAAUUGCAUAAUCACAAGGUCUGGUGAUGGCGGUCCACUUGUGAAUUAUAAUGGGGAGGUGAUUGGAGUCUCCUUUUAUGAUUAUGGAUUGAUACCAUGGAUUCCGAUUAACAUAGUCGGCAAAUGGUGGGCGCACUUCAAGAGAUCAGGGGAAUACUGCCGCCCUGCUCUCGGAUUUGAAGCAACAAAUCUCUAUGCAGCUGAUUCAUGCAUUUUGGAGAGGGUGAUGCUGAAGUUUCCUAGCAUUUGCAAAGGUGUUCUAAUAGAAAAGGUAGAACCAGGUUCAUCUGCUGAUUUGUCCGGGCUCCAUGCAGAAGACAUUAUUGUUCAAUGCGGUGGGAGAACAGUUCAAAGUUUCCUUGAGUUUUUUGAGGCAAUAUGGGACAAAGUUGGAAAUCUUGUAGAUUUAGUCGUGGUACGUCAAGGGAGUGAUACUCUCUUGAAUCUUAAUAUGCAUGUUGAAGCGACAUCAGAUCGCUUGAAUAGGUGGCCUAGUCGGACCUACAAAUGAUAAGAAACUGAUUAGCUUGGCACCUUGAUUAACAGGGUGAACUGUUAACAAUUUUACAACAUCCUUUUUGCAAAGUGUGUUCUCCGUUUUUAGGAUGAGAUCCUGACAGGGAAUUUAGCUUGGGGCAACCAACUAACAUGGACAAGUUUUCAGAUGACGAGAAAAAGUAAUGCAGUUUUUGACCCGUCUUUGGGGAUAAACAUGGUUAUCUGUAACACAAAUGCCUUGUUGCUAUGAUUAUUUAUAACACAAUAUAUGUUAUUUUCCUACGACAAUCACACAUCUUUUGAAUUUCUGUCAGUAUUAUUGUUUGCUACUUGGUGUUCUAUGGUUCCAACUUGGGCCAUUAUUUGUCAUUAAAAAAAAUCGUUUUACUCAGUAAAGUUUGUAUUAUGUAAA